AUGAGUACUUGGGCUGGAUGCCAGAGAAAGUAUCCGGAGGCGCUGGUCGACUAUUAUGGUGUAACAUUUGACCAUCUUGUCCCAGCUGACGAUAUCAACCCUGAGGUCUUACAGAUUAACAUCAUUGAGAUUGAGGAUGACAAUGGUGUUUAUGCGAAUACAUGGCUUUCAUUUGCAGUAGACCCGGCUGAGUUUAUUGGGAAGAAGGUGCUAGCAGUGCCGAGGUGUUGCCAGAAGAGGAAGGGAACACAAGAUCGCUGGCGAGUGAAUCCGCUUGUGGACCAGAGGAUUCAUGGGUUGGAACAUUUGAAGGACGCUCAGGAAUGGAAGAGGCUGACAGAAGAUCAAGAUGCGAAAAUUGAGAACUUGAAUUGA